UCCGGUGGACCGGCACGUUUGACGUUGCCUGAGUUGUUCCACACAUCUGAAAUGGAAAACGACGUGUUGGACUCUUUGGAUGACUUGGGUUACGAGGGUCCUCUGUUAGAUGAAAAUGGGCUUAGACAGGCUAUAGAGGGUGGCCCACAGUCAGCAGAAUACACCCAACUUGUAGAAUGGCUGACCAAGGAAAUUGGUGGAUUUUGCAAACUUGAUGAAAUGGUUAAUGCUAUCAAAGGUCAGGAUGAUGUUGAACACUUUAUGCUGGAGCUCAGUGGGUUUUUAAGGGAGUAUGGUUGUCCACACAAGGGAUUAUCAGAAGGGCCUUUAAGUCAAAGGCUUGCAACUAAAGAAAACCGACUAUUAUUGCUAGAUUUUCUCUGCACAGAACUCCAAGCAGUCAGGAUGAUUGCAGUAAACAAGCCUAGCUUGCUGUCUUCCUCUAAUUCCACCUCUCCAAUGGAAGUUGAAAAUGAGGCUGAAAGUGACAGUGCCUGCCAUCUGAAGAGUAUGUUAAUUGCCCUAGGAUUUCCAAGGCCACCUCCUAAUAUAACACCAUUCCAGCUUUUCAGCAAAGUGGAACAGAAGGUUAGGGAAUUAAUAGGCAAAGUUUCUCCUAGUCACAUGGGUAAACCUCUUCUGAAAGCUAAACUGACUGAGAAACAAUGGCAGUCCAUUCAGUCAAUUUCUGAAGCUCUGCAGCAAGAAUAUGGACUGAGGAGAGAGAUGCUUCUCACUCGAUUGGAUGUAACCAUUCAGUCUUUUAAAUGGUCAGACCGGGCCAAGUCAAAAGAAAAUGAGGUGGCUGCUGCAUAUCAACCUCUUAGAAGGCAUUUGUCAGCUAGAAAGGAACUUGGAAUAGCAGAAAUAUUGGCUGCAAGAGAUGAUUUGAUAUCAAUCCAGAAGACGAGCAGUGGUGAUGCCAGGAUGAAGUGUGCAAUCAACAAAAUCAUGAUGGGUUCCGUGCCAGACAGAGGUGGUCGUGCUUGGGAGCUGCAGCCCCCACCACCAGACAUGCCAUUUUUUCAAAAGAGACAAGAAGCUCCCAGAGGACAGAGACCACAAACUGCAGGUGGGCGUGGUGGCCGAGGUGGGCGUGUCCAAGGAGGAUGGUCAGGUGAUCGGCCUCAAAGUGGUGGUAACUGGGGCAGAGGUGGAGGCGGAUAUCGAGGAGGGCGUGGUGGCAGGGGAAGAGGAGGAUACUGACUGUUUAACUGUCAAAAUACUGUGAUUGUAAACAGCCUUUAGCCCAAUUUAUACUGUUAUGUUUUGGAAGACAUAAGCUGUACGUUUCAUGCCAUACCUCUACAGCAGGGUAAACAUUUGUUGAUUAAGUGAAAAUUUUAAGUUUUUACUUUGUUUAGAAGACAAAUGAAUUGUGUAGCUUUGUGCUGCAACCUGUCUUUACAACAGCUUCAAGUUAUUUCUUUGUUUUAUUUUCAUGCAUUUCAUGUCUACUUUCAAAAUGAUAUACAGAUUUGUAUACCUCUUAUGCAUUUCAUAUUAUGAGCCAGUCAGCUUUGUAUGUGUCAAGCAUACUUUUUGCAACUACUUCAUUGCCUCAGGAAGUGUUUUUAAGUGAAACACUCGUUUUCAAAGCAGUUUGGGAAUAUGAGAAUGAAAUAAAAAUGCCUAAGCUUGAAACUG